GAUUGCUUUUUGAAGGAGGCGGGAAAGCAAACCAUUAAUAGAGCGCCAAAAUCAAAUCACGCUCGGAGCAGUAGGGAAAGAAACUGCGCGAAAAUGGCGACAGAGAGUUCCAACAACAGCGACUUGCAGAUUCUACUAGAGUCCAUCAGAUCUUCAGAUAUUGUGGAGAACCGUGUUCAGCUGCUUGCUAAACUCGGGGAGUUGGAUUUACCUGAGAAAACUCACUUGGCGUCUCUUGUUGAAAGCCUUAUACUAGACUUUUUGGGAAGACUUCACUUGCUUGGAUGCAUCCCAAUGCAUGUUAAACAAAUCUAUAUUGCAGGUGGCUGCAAAAUAUGUAGAUUCAGACUUAUCUGGAUGUUUACUACAGUUUCUUGCUCUUGGGACAAAGGCACAUGGUGUGGAAAGCAUCUGAAGAUGACUCUUAUGUCAGGUACAGACUCUCAAGAAGAAGAACAUUGCGACUGCUUUUUUCAGCUUCUUUUGGAUUUCUUAAGCCUCUCUGCAGCUAGUGCCACUGCUUUGACCAGAUAUCCUGUUUUCACUGACAAUGAUUCCACAAUUAUUGUUGAAAGCUUUGUUUCAGAACAGUUGUCUCUAAUAAAGGAUGUAGUAUCAGAGACUAAGAGAAUCAAUUCCUAUGGCUCAGAAGUACUGAGAGUUGCACAGAUGGUGAUUGAUGCUGUGGUGAGACUAUGCAAGGAGUAUUCCCUAGUUGUGAAUUGGGAUGCAUGGGAGGCAAAACCUGGGAAGGAUGGGAGCAGCGUAGACCAUAAAGAGGAAAAUAUGAGGAAUCAUGUUAUAAACAUAACAAAGUCCACCACAGAGAAAUUGUGCGAAAUGGGUAUCCUUGCAGCAAAUGAUGGCGGAAGUCUGGUAACCAUUCUCAAUGUAUCAUGGAAAGGUGUGGUUACCUUGCUUCAGCUAUGCAAGGGAGCGUUAGCAGAGAGAGUAAGUGUGCAAGGUAUUAUUGUAGCCCUAAUUUCACUCGUCAUUGAACCUCUUAGAUGUGCAGCUAUGGCUUGGUCUACUUUGUUGGAGGAAACCAUUUCUGCAAUUGAAGCCAGGAGGACAUUUCUUCCUGUCAAAUUUUACCUUAUCAAUGCAGUGAAAAUAUCUUCAUUGUAUCCAUGCCAAACAUAUUUUGUAUACAGGGAAUUAGUGCAGUGUGUUAUAGUGAUCUCCUCUUUCAGGAUUUUAUUGAGCUUUGAAAAACUUCUGAAUACUGCAAGCGAAGUGUUCUCAGAACUUCUGGAGAAGACGUCUAUGGAUUUGCUUACUUCUUUACUAAAUUCAGCCGAAGUGAAACUGGAGCACAAGUUUGAACUCCUUGAUUGGUUGUUCACUGAUCAACGCUAUUCAAAUUCACUUGGAGAUUCAAGUAGUUAUUGUCGUAUAGACUCAAUAAUUGAAAUGUUUUCUCUUAGUAAUAAAUCUAUGCCCCAAGAGAGACUAUUGCUUCUUGGUCGGGUUGUACUGUUUCAUACUUUGCUAAGAUAUUCUGUUGGUCUUGAAGAAGAUGUACAGAACAUAAUAACAAGAAAGCUUGAAUGGUUUUUGGAUGUAGUAGUUGAUGAUAAGGUGUACUCUUCCGUUCUUGAUAUGCAGAUUCCUGUACCAUAUGGAUCUGGGAAAACAAUUGAAUUGGUCUGGCAGCCUAUGUUUUCUGCAUCUGUGAAUGCAAUAAAAACCUUCAUGAUUGUAGUGUCUGCAAGUAAAUGUUGGACGGAGUUGGAGGCUUUUCUGCUUGAGAAUCUCUUCCAUCCACAUUUUCUAUGCUGGGAGAUUAUAAUGGAACUUUGGUGCUUUUUAUUGCGUCAUGCUGAAACUAACAUGGUAAAUGACAUUGUUGAUAAGUUCUACUCAUUAAUGAGGUUACUGGCAUCUCCAGAAUCAGUUCUUAUUCCUUCUUCUCCUCUGAGGAAAAUGGGAAGAGCAAUCUGCUUGCUUCUUGCUAAUGGGACUUCAUCUAUAGUUGACCGUAUUUAUAGUUCAGCUGUUGGUGAUUCAUCAGUUAUAUAUGUUGCCUUGUUCUUGGAAGGCUUUCCUCUCAAUUCUCUGUCUGAUAACAUCAGAAGUAAUGCUAAACAGAAAAUUGUUACUGAUUAUUUUAGCUUCAUAGGAAGUCCUAAUGACAAGCUGUCGACUGCUUGUAGUUCUGGUGUAUUUGGGAUUCCAGUGUUCACUCUAUCAGCUUCACUGCAGUCUCAACAGGUUAGCAUAUCUGAUGUUGAAAUGAAGAGCCUCAACUUCUUAGUUACUAUUAUCCGCAACUUCAAAAAUCCUGCAGACAAACUAAUGAAGGAAUAUUAUCAUAAGCUUUUAAGUGAAGCACUGGGGAUUGUCUCAAACAUGAAGCAUCUGUACAAAUCUGAUGAGAUGGAAGAAGUCAUCUUGGAGCUUCAAACCCUGUUUAUCUCAGGGGUAACAGCCUCUGAUCCACUAUUGUAUCGGUGCAAACCAUAUCUGGCACUUUUCAUGGGAGGACUCGGGGAAAUGGAGAUGUCAGAAAAUGAUGAUUGUGUGAAGAGUUCUGCUGUCUGGGAGUUGUAUCACACGCUAUUUAGGGAGCAGCACUGGGCACUUGUUCAUCUUGCAAUUGCUGCUUUUGGAUAUUUUGCUGCUCGUACUUCUUGCAAUCAGCUAUGGCGAUUCGUGCCAGAAAAUGCAGCUCUAUCAUAUGAUCUAUUGUCAGGAAAUGAAGCAAAUGAAGAGAGAUUUAUGUCUGAGCUGAAGGCAUUUCUUGAGAAGGAAAUGGCUCUUCUUACCAUUACGCCUAGCUCUGAGCAGAUUGACUUGCUCAUGAAGGAAGGUGUGGUGCUGAAAGAAAAGGUUCAGAAAAUUUCUAAUAUACAUACACAGGCUACGGAACGAGAGGAGAUUGAUGCUGAUAUCCAAUCAAAUAAAAGAAGGAAACUCCCUGAUGGAAUCAGCAGGGGAGUGGAACUACUCCAAAGUGGCAUGAAGGUUAUUAGUGAUGGCCUUUCCCAGUGGCCACAAAAUCAUUUUGAAUCCCCUGAACAUGACAUGUUUUUGAGUCACAUUUCCAAACUGAAAGAUGUAAUCUCUCACAUAGUCGGCAUGGCGGGUGAUUGUUAAGUAGCUGUUUUAGCCCACUAGUGAUUAUACGUACGGAACAAGGCAAUUGCCAAAUUGUAUAUGAACAGCGGAAAAACAUGUAAAUGAGUAUUAAGCAGGUACAUUUAUUUGCCUUA